UCCUCACUUGUUCUUUUGAUUCUUAUCUUUUGAUGUGGUGAUGUGGUUGUAGUGCCAAAGCACGACACUAAUCUGCUGGCCUGCCGUAUCUUAUGGCACGACACGACACUAUCUGAGGGCUCUAGUAUAGUGUCUGGACAAGAGUCUUGGCACGGUGGCAAUACACGGCACGACACGGCAGAGCCACCGUGCCUGAUAGUACCGUGCCUAAUAGUGUCGUGCCACGUAAUACUAGUGCUGUGUAGUGCCAGUGCCGGCUGUUUGGAAUACUAUAGCUGCCGGUGGCCAAGAUUUUCUUCCUCAUUAUUCUUUUCACCGACUUUGUACCGUUCUGUUGCAAAAGGAGCCAGCCAGCGCUAGUUUAACCACAGCUGCACUCACUCUCUCGAUCGUCUUUCCAAAAUAACGUAUACACAAACAUGGAUCAUUUGAUCCUGUCUGUCGUUUCAGGCCAGUUAUUUUGUGUAUACGUUAUUUUGUCUGUCGUUUAACGUGAUGAUGCAGCUGCUCCGUCGCGUGACGCGAUCGGCGAUAAUGGCGUCCGCCGUCGUCGUCGUCGUCGUCUUCACCCUUCCCACAGAAAUGACGGUAGCUGCCUGCUACUACUACUACAGUACACCUCACACCUGCUGCUCCCCAUGACAUGAGUGAAUGAAUGAAUGCAACUCCCCGUCGACCUCUCUCGCGAGGGAAGGGGAUACAUAAAUACAGUACGCGUGGGUGCACAUGACCCACGGCCCCAUCUUCUUCCUCCACCUCUCUCUCUCUCUCUCUCUCUCUCUCUCUGCCUGCUAGCUCUGCAGCUUUGAGGGCGCAUUCACUCACCGGUCGGCCGGCGCGCGGUGGUCCGAGCCGAGACCGAGACCGAGACCGAGACAAGCCGGCGAUGGGCAGGAAGGGGGGCCUGGCCUCCAUCUUCUCCUCCUCCUCCUCCAAGCACUCCAAGCCCGGCAGCGCCGCGGACGCGCCGUCGUCCCCGCCGUGGCCGUGGCCGUCGUGCGCGACCAAGCCGCAGACAGCGUCCUUCCGCGGGCAGGGCGGCGUCGGCCGCCACGACGACGACCGGCGGCCGUGCACGACAGCCGCCGCAGCCCACCGCCGCUUCGACGAAACCGCAGCACCCGGCGGUGGGAGGCUGCGGCCGCCGCCGCGCGGGGCCGCGUUGGCCGACGAGAUGUACAAGACGGUUAACUCGGUUUACUUCGACGACGCCGCUGACUCGUGCCGGUUCUUCUUCGACGACGACGACAACGGCCGCGGGGACGAUGUGGGUGAUGGCUUCGACGACGGGAGCUUCUCCACGACGACGGCUUCGGAGGAGUGGUCGGAGGCCGUCAUCCGCAGCCUUGGCCGCACCUCCACCGACCGCUUCUUCUUCGACGCCGGCCCCGCGCCCCCGGCCGCGUCCAACUCCAUCCUCGCCGCUUCGCCGUCCCCGGUUCGGGCACUGGCGCCGCCGCCUCCGCCGCCUGUUGAGGAGCCGCCCAUGCUGCUGCAGACGGCGCUGUCGCCGUCGGCGCGCGCGGCGGGAGCGACGGUGUCCGACGGCGACCCCGCCGCCGGCUCUGGCUCCGACGAGGAGGAGGUGAGCGAGACGGAGGUGCCGACGACGUCGUCGCUGGUGGAGGAGAGCGUGGCGGUGGCGCUGGACUCGGAGGACCCGUUCGGGGACUUCCGCGCGUCCAUGCACGAGAUGGUGGCGGCGCACGGCCUCCGCGACUGGCCCGCGCUGCAGGAGAUGCUGCUCUGGUACCUCCGCAUCAACGGCAAGCACAACCACGCGCUCAUCGUCGGCGCCUUCGUCGACCUCCUCGUCGGCCUCGCCACGUCCAGCAGCAGCACCGGCAGCAGCAGCGCCUCUCCCUCAACCACCACGACCGCGACAAUGACGACGACGACAACGACCGCCUGCUGCUGUACGUGCAGCAGCAGCAGCAGCAGCUCCAGUACUAACAGUAGCGCCGCCGGCGGUGGCGGCACUACCACUAAUGCAGCUGCAACGGCAGCCAUGGAUGAGCAAUGCGGCGGUGGAAUAAGUGCCGGUGCGUCGUGCUUCUCUGCUUCGUCUGAUCUGGAAGAGGAGGCGGCUGCUGCCGGAGAGAGAUCAAGCAAUGGCCAUUGCACAAGCAGCGAUGCACUCGAUUCGUCCUGUUCUUGAUGCUCUGCUCGCAUUGCUGAUGUAUACAAGUAGAAGUUAGCAAGUGUUGGAUGUUAGAUCUGGAAUGUGCGUCAAUUUAAUUCAGCAUUCCACCGUUUCACCGUGUACGAAACCACUUAUUACAUACUGUAAUAUACUCUUGGCUCACCGCGAAAACACUUACGAAACCACAA